CUGUCGACGGCGGUUGGUGCUUUUCCAGUAGUGCGUCCUCAACUCCCUUGCCAAAUCGCAGUUCAGUUUCGACGGUUGUUUCUUGUGUGUUGUUGAGUGCGGUUGUUAAGCUUUUUGAUUUCCUCCACCGUUACUGCAACUAGAUUGUAUUUGUUUUUGUUUUGGAAGUGUCCACCAGCUUAUAGAGCCAUAGAAAAUAGCAACGGAAAAGAUGCUUUCCAAACUCAUCAUCCUUUCGUGCCUGGUGGCGGUGGCCAUCUGCGAGUCGAAGCUGAAGGUGGAUGUCGUGAGCGUGCCCGAGGGCUGCACGACCAAAUCAAAGAACGGUGACAUGCUGACGAUGCACUACACCGGCAAGCUGACCGAUGGAACCAAAUUCGACUCCAGCUUCGACCGUGACCAGCCUUUCACCUUCCAGCUCGGAGCCGGUCAGGUUAUUAAAGGAUGGGACCAGGGCUUGACAGACAUGUGCGUCGGUGAGAAGCGUGUGCUGACCAUCCCGCCAGAGCUCGGCUAUGGUGACCGGGGAGCCGGAAACGUUAUUCCUGGCGGUGCGACCCUCGUGUUCGACGUCGAGCUGAUCAACAUCGGCGAUUCACCCCCAACCACGAACGUGUUCAAGGAGAUCGACGAGAACAAGGACAUGCAGCUGAGUCGCGAGGAGGUGAGCGAGUACCUGAAGAAGCAGAUGGUCGCCGCCGACGGUGGCCAGGAGUCGGAGGACAUCAAGAACAUGAUCGCCGAGCACGACAAGCUGGUGGAGGAAAUCUUCCAGCACGAGGACAAGGACAAGAAUGGCUACAUCUCGCACGACGAGUUUUCGGGCCCGAAGCAUGACGAGCUGUAAGACUGGCCGGCACCGGCAGCGGGUGGACGGUGUGUUUCCGUUUUUUUAGUAAUUUUAUUAUAAUUCAGUUGAUUUUUUUACGUCGAUAAAAUCUACGUCCAGCAUACGGUUCUAUUUAACGUACGUUAGUUAGUACGCAGGAAGGCAUACACCCACAGAGUUGAGGACUUAGUUCGUGCGAAUGCGAAUCACAUUCGACAAGUUGUUAGUGGUUUGUUGAUUUUCGGUAGUUAGUUUUUUGCCCGUCGAUGUGGGUUAGAAUUCCGUUAGCGGGUUGGGAAGGUUAUUAUUUAAUAGACUUACCGUUCAGUCCGGUUUGAAAUUCAACGCAAGCGAAUGUUCUAAAACAGUUUCGAACAAACACAACGCACAUUCAUCACCGUUUUGCACAGCAACAGUACGUCCCAUGCGGUGGGACAGUCGAGAUAUGCAUUCUAUAUACACAGAACCACGCGCAGCAAGAAGCGUACCAUAAUCAUUCCCAUUUCUUUUGGUUUUCGGUCGUGUAAAUACAUUUCACAUCACGCGGAUAGUACUGAAUGGUGAGGGAUCGUGUUUCAGUUUUAGAGGAAUAUGAUUAGGAACGAGCGUAGCGAAACGUGUGACAACAUCAUCACUUAAAACGGUUACAAGUACACGAACUUUACAUAUCACAACAACAAAAUAACACAAACGGAAAAUAAACUAUUUG